ACAAAGUAGCUGGAGUGCCUCUGGCAAAGACGGUAGAACAGACCGUCAACAAUGGCGCAAAGGCAGCGCCGAAAGCAGCAGAGGGCAACCCUGCCUUUCGCAUGAUGGGCCUCCCCAACAUCAAAGCCAAACUCCCGUCCCGCAAUUGGAUGAUCUUCCUCUCAAUCACAUCCUCCUUCGCUGCAGCGGUCUACUACGACAAACGCGAAACAGCACGUCUCCAAAAACAAUACUGCGAUCUGGUCGCGCCCCUCUCGGAAAAGAUACUCCCUACAACCACAAUGCCCAGAAAAAUGACCAUCUACCUACAAGCACCGCCGGCAGAUGGCUUGCGCAGCGCAAGAGAGCAUUUCUACGAAUAUGUCAAGCCGGUUUUGGUGGCAGGAGCUAUGGACUGGGAUGUCGUUGAGGGAAGAAGAGAGGGUGAUUUGAGGUUUGGAGCCGCAGAGAAGAUUAGAAGAUACAGAAGGAAAGCAGAGGGAGCAGCAGCACAACAAGAAGAUAUCGAGCCGACGAAAGAAGAAAUCGUAGCAGAGCAGAGAGAAAGAGUUGGAUGCGUGGAUGAAGCAGGUGUCAAGGGCGAUUUGAUCAUCGGCAGACAUGCUUGGAAGGAAUAUCUACGCGGCCUUCACGAGGGAUGGCUGGGUCCGUUGAAAGAACCCGUGCAAGUCGAGGAAGUGACAGAGGUCAAACAACACAUCGACGGUGCACCUUCAUUGGGCGAUGCCGCCGUCAAGGCUGCCGCAGACUUGAGCAUCAAAGACACACCACCCACCGCCUCCACCGGCUCUUCCAGCACAACCGACUCCUCCUCCAUCGUCUUCGACUCAAACGCCGCCGACACUUCAAACACAUCCCCCGAAACCCUCCCCGAACCUCCAAAAGAAGAAGAACCCCCGAAACCCAAACUCACAAAACCCGACCCUUACAUCUCCACCUCCGCUUACUCUACCGCAACUCUCCCCUCCUCAACGCCUUCCCAGCUCGGUCCCGCCAUCGCCAUCCCCUUCCCUCAUCUCCUCGGUUUCUGGAACUUCCCCAUCCGCAUCCACCGUUUCCUCACUCGUCGCUACGUGGCCGAGGAAAUCUUCUCGCGCACCGCAGCCGCCGUCUUGUCUUCCCACCGCGCCUACCAAACCACCGAUACGCAAUACCUGCAACACGAAGAAAAAGAAUGGCACAAAAGCGUCAGAAAGCCCAAGGUGGAAGAAGCAGAAGAGGGUGCCUUGAGCACGGAGAAACAAGAGAGAUUGUGGUUGGAUGAUGUGGUUGUGGACGAUCGUAUCACUUCGAAAUUGAGGGUUUUCGAACUACCUGGUGAAGGACGAGUAGUAGAUAUUGGUGAACACACACAAGCACAACAACCUGAAUGGACUUAUCAGGGAGAAAAGAAGGAGUAGAUAGGGAUGAUGAUGAUGAAGCGGAAAGGCGAAAGCGAAGGCUUUUGUAUUGUAUAGUUUAGUUGUACAGAAUGGAUGGAAAU